CAAAUACUUUUCUCUGUACUAAUGUUAUAAUUUUCGUAAUAGUCGAUAAAAAUUUAUCCAUUUACUAUUUAAAUUAUAAGCGAUUUCUGAUUUAUAAUAGUGUUAAUUAAUAGUUAAAGCCACAAUUCUGUUUUUUUUAAUGAACACUUUUUUCUUAAUAAUAAUGAGUAAAUUAUGGAUGAUGUGUUUGAGUGAAACGGUUGAGAGAAUAGAGAAAAUUGAGAGGGAGUAAAGUGAGGUACGUCCAACUAUGUACAACGUACCAAGUUCUGUAGUUGGUGGGGAAUUUACUCGUGAGAUUCAUGAGAGGGUCACGAGGAUAUUACUGUAAUGUACUAGCAGUUUUAUACAUUGUAUGCUUUUUAUUAGACCACAAUUGUUAUAUUGUAUGUUAAAACUUAAUGAUAAUAAAAAAAAAAAUUUACUAGUUUGUCUCGUGAAGUUGAACAAGUGUUUAUAUCCAAUUAUUCAAGUUAAAGACAUUGCUAUUAGAACUAAAAAUAGUUUAAGUUUGUGUAUUUUUUAAAUUAUUCAAUAACAAUUAUUGAUAACAAUUACAUGUGUAAUGUAAAAAUUCAAUUAUUCCUUUUGGAUAUGAUAACAAAUCUCUGAUAAACUCAAUAUAGUUAUGAAGAUAAAAACGAUAACAUAUAUGAAGUUUUUUUUUUCACCUAGUGUAAUUUAGCACAAGCUAUUAUGCUGUUCAAGACCUUAGUUAUUCUAUCAUGAUUUUAAACUAAUUUACUUCAACAGACAAUUAUUUUUAACAGUAUUUCUCGUUAAUAUACAUCAAAAUAAGUAUCACAAAAAUGCCAUUAUUUAAACCGAAGACGGUGUCAAAGAGUCCUGUUGCUCAAGAGAAGACUACAGGUAACGGAGCUCACAAUCAUGAAGGUCAUAAAACCGUCAGUAGUAGUAGUAGUAGCAAUAAUAAUAUAAAUGGAACUGGUAAACGGGACAAGUUCGGUCAUCAAGAUCAAACAGAGUCAACAGAUGAUAAUCAAAAUUCAAGUAAGACACAUCUGGUCUUUCGCUGUCAGUUAGCACAUGGCAGCCCAACGGGAUUUAUAUCGGAUUUUAAAAACGUCCGUGAACUUUACCAGAAAAUAGCUGAGUGCUAUGAUCUACCAACAAGUGAAAUUCUUUUUUGUACGUUAAACACCCAUAAAGUCGAUAUGAACGAGUUAUUGGGCGGACAAAUAGGAUUAGAUGAUUUUAUAUUUGCUCAUCGCAAAAGUCGACCGAAAGAGAUUGAAUUAGUUAAAACAGAAGAUGCGUUAGGAUUAACCAUCACAGAUAAUGGAGCUGGAUAUGCAUUUAUAAAACGGAUAAAAGAAGGCUCAGUAAUUGAUAAAAUUAAAGUGAUACAAGUAGGUGAUCACAUAGAACGAAUAAAUUCGGAAAACUUGGUUGGUAGACGACAUUAUGAGGUCGCUAAAAUGUUGAAAGAUAUUCCGAAAGGUUCAACAUUUACUCUAAGAUUAAUAGAACCUCAGAAAAGUGGAUUUGGCAGUAUUGGUCCAAGAGGUGAUAUUAAAAAAAAUAAAAAAUCUGGCUUUGGAUCGGGUAAAGAAACACUGAGGUUCAAAGCAGAUGGAAGUACGCAAAUUCAGCAGGUUGAUGAUUCCUCAACAAUUGGUGUUGAAAAAAUAAAUAACAUUCUUGAAAGUUUCAUGGGUAUUAAUGACAAUGAAUUAGCAACCCAAAUUUGGGAAUUAGCGGAAGGAAAGUUCAAUAGCAUGGAUUUUGCUGAAGCUAUUGACAAUUCAGAUCUUGAAGCUUUUGGAUUUAGUGAUGAUUUCGUUAUUGAAUUAUGGGGUGCAAUUACUGACGCAAGAAGUGGUCGUUUUUAAAUAAGAAAAUUUUUAGAUUUAAUAUUAUUGAUAAAAUUAUUAUUAUAAUAAUUCAUUCUCACUUAAUUCUUUUAUUUAAAAUAUUAUAUCUGCCAUAUUAUGCUUCCUGGAACAUUAAAUGAUUAAUUAUUUAUCAGGAUAUGUCAAAAAAAUUUAUUUAUAUAUAAAUAUUUAUAAAUUCUA